AGUGCUCUCCGCGGUCAAAUCACUUCUCAACCAUGAAAUUGUCUUUCUAAAAAAUAAAAUAAAAUCCAUCAAACGACUUCGUAUAUUCUGCCAUUAUUGAAUCUUAACUGAAUCAUCGAAUCUGGCACGCGCCUUCCACACCCUCAUUCUGUUUUGUCAUUCAGACUUUCGCUUCCGCUUGUACAGAAAAUUCGAAGUUCUUGAAAUAAGAAAAGAAAACACAUUUUUGUCUUUCUUUCUUUUAUCCUCUCCUCUCCUCAGAACGAAAAAAGGUCUUAUAUAUGUCCGCUUCACAGUUAGGGGCUUAGAUGACGCUUAAUGCACUUUCAGCUCCUGCAGUCACAAACCACUGCUCAAAACUUUCUUGCCAUGCCAUUCAAUCAGUUGAUUUCUUAGGAUUCGUGUUUUCCAAUCCGAAGUUAAAGCCUAGAAAUGUGCCAUGUAGACUUGAUGGAAGGUGUCCAAGUCCCAUCCUUCAAUUAUUAGCUGUUCAAAGGUGGAUCUCAAAGCCAAGAAUCGUAGCCUUUUCCAUUUCUAAUGAGAAUGAUCAAGUGGACACAGGCAAUUUCUAUAGUGAUGCUGAUCAAAUGCAUUUUACUUUGGAAGACAAUGAGAGUUCCAGCUGUUCAGAUGCAGAAGUUGUUUCUUCUGUUUUAUUUUCAGAGGCGGACCUUGUUCAGACAGUUGAGAUUUUGGGAAAACAAGCAAGCCUUCUUGAAAAAAUGAAAGCUAUUCAAUUGCAUGUCUUAGCAUCAGAACAAUGGAAUGCUUCUCAACUCCAAUUGUGUCACAGAAAGUACUUGAUUAGUGCAACCAACUUGAUACAUUAUCUGGCGCUGAGAUGCCUUGAUGUUGAGCAGCUGAAAGAUGAUCUCUCUUUGAUUGGUCUUAUGAAUUUGGUGACUAUCAAGUCACAUGUCUUUGCAAGUCUUACUGCAAGUAUUCAAGUAUUGGAGAACUUGAAACCUAACUCUCUAAAUCCUGAAGAAAACAUUAGUAGAGUAAUUCUCUCUCAUAAAAAAUUAGACCAACAAAAUUAUGUGCCAUUAUGCAUAGAAGAAAUGAUGAAGACAGCAUCCUCAAAUAGAGAGUUAUUGUUGGGCCCACCACAAUUUGGUAGAACUAUCCAUAUCAUGGUAACAGUUGGGGAGGAAGCUAUUGAGAGUGAAACACUCAUUUCUGAUUUAAUCAAGGCAGGAGCCUCCAUAAUUCGAAUCAAUUGUGCACAUGGAAGUCCUAGUAUUUGGAGUGAGAUAAUCAGGAGAAUAAAGGAAAGCUCUCAAAGGCUAGAAAAACCUUGUCGAAUUCUCAUGGAUUUAGCUGGACCAAAGCUCCGAACAGGAAAGUUGAAACCUGGUCCAGCUGUAUUGAAAAUCUCUCCCAAAAGAACAGCUGCAGGAAAUGUAAUCUUUCCUGCUCAAGUUUGGCUGUCUCACAAAGAAGCAGGUCCUCCUCCUCAUUUGUCUCCUGAUGCAGUUUUGUUCAUAGAUGCCCAAGACUUCCUUACUAAGCUUGAAGUAGGUGACACUUUAAAAUUCCAUGAUGCUAGAGGGAAAAAAAGGACUCUUAAGAUUUCUAGAAAAUUUCAUGUUUUUUCUGGGACUGGAUAUGUGGCCGAGUGUAGUAGGACUGCUUAUGUUGAGUCAGGAACACAAUUGUAUAAGAAGGAAAAGAAAAGCAGGUCCGCAGUUGGACAUGUGGUUGAUAUCCCAGCUACUGAACCAUUUGUCAGACUGAGAGUUGGAGACUUGCUAACCAUAUCAAGAGGUAGUUCUUGUGAACAAGAUGAAAUGUCUGUACCUAUGAGCGGUGCUCAUAGGAUUACUUGUUCCUCUGGUUACCUGUUUGAUUCAGUGAAACUGGGUGACCCGAUUGCUUUUGAUGAUGGGAAGAUUUGGGGAGUUAUCCGAGGAACAGGUAUAUCAGAGAUUGUUGUCUCAAUCACUCAUGCCGGUCCCAAAGGCACAAAACUUGGGUCUGAGAAAUCCAUUAAUAUUCCUGAUAGCAAUGUUCGGUUUGAAGGACUUACUUCAAAGGAUCUUGUGGACCUCGAGUUUGUUGCUACUCAUUCUGACAUGGUAGGCAUUUCUUUUGUCCGAGACACCCAUGAUAUUGUUGUGCUGCGCAAAGAAUUGGAAAAUCGGAAACUUCAAAACCUUGGUGUUAUUUUAAAGAUUGAGACAAAGAGUGGGUUUGAGAAAUUGCCUUUGGUGUUAUUGGAGGCAAUGAAGUCCUCAAAUCCCUUUGGAGUGAUGAUUGCUAGAGGAGAUCUUGCAGUGGAAUGUGGCUGGGAAAGGUUGGCUGAUAUGCAAGAAGAAAUUCUCUCUCUUUGUGAUGCUGCUCAAGUACCUGUCAUUUUGGCAACUCAGGUCUUAGAGUCCCUUGUGAAGUCUGGUGUGCCCACCCGAGCAGAGAUCAUUGAUGCAGCCAGUGGAAGGAGAGCAAGUUGUGUCAUGCUGAACAAAGGGAAACACAUCACCAAAGCUGUUUCAACUUUGGAUAAGAUCCUCCAUUCAAACUCUGCAGGGGUGAGAACAGACUUGAAGCCCAAUUUACUCUGUAGCCACUUCUUGUGAAGUUCCUUUUCUCCGUUUUAGUUGAUGAAUGUCUCCAUUCAACUUGCAGAAAAGAUCUUGAAUUUGGGAGAUCAAAACUGUAUCCGCAUAUCUAGUUCUGUAAAUAUCUCCGUAUCUCUAGUUCUGUAUAUAGUCAAAUGUGAUUGAUAUCUGAGUCAUCAGACAAGCUUUUAAUAGUAUCCUUUUCUUCAAGCCAAACCUUCUAUGAAGAGUCCAAUUGAUACUUCUUGUCUCCA